UCUUUGAAAAAAAAAAUGCUGUGACCGCUCUUUAUUAAAUCUGGUAAACACAUACAAACAAUAAAAAAAAAGUCAAAAUUUAUAACGCUUACUUUUUGACAAACAAAUCACAACACGAUGGAUGUCAUAAUAAAUGUUGCUGAAAAGAGCAGCGAGCAAUUUAUUCAAUUCUUUUAUCCUAAUUAUGAUACACAACGACAGAAUCUAGGAAAUCUAUAUCGUGAUAAUUCCGCUAUAUUAUGGAAUGGCAAUGCAUUUUCAGGAGCUCAACAAUAUUCUGAAUUUUUGGGUCGAUUACCAAUGUCCCACCACGAAGUUGAUGUUUAUGAUUGUCAUCCUUUACCUGCAACUAUGAAUGCACAAGGCACUUGUGGUAUUUUAAUUAACGCUACCGGCACAGUUAAAUAUGGUGAUAACCCAGUAAAGAGACAUUUUUCACAAACUUUUAUUUUAAUGCCUGAUGAGAAACAAGCAGGCAAUUAUUAUGUUCAAAGUGAUAAUUUCAGAUUUGUUUAAUCAUGAUGCGUCUGUGUACUUGAGUUUUUCUUCAAACACCCAAGAUGCUGGUUUAGAACAGUGCGGAAGAUUUCUUAUGUAAAUAAAGCGAUCCUAUUUUAUAUAUUGUUACUAUUGUACUAGAAUUAAUUCUACGACAGUUUUCUUUGUUAUUGUUUAUUAAAUAAAAAGGAGUUUAGUCUAUUUA